AGGUUCUGGAAGGUAGCGGAGCUGCCGCCAUUUUGCGGGAAGAGGAGCAGCUCCGGUUGUAGUGGGGCUCUUACUGCUGAGUCUCUGGAAGGGAGCCGUGGUUCGCGUCCCCCGACACACCCAAAGGAACGGAGGGAACCGGGACUCCCCCCCUGCGGGGACCCGGAACUGCUUAUCCUGUUACACGCUGAAUAUCUGUAAGCCACACAAUAGGUGUGACUAAUGGGACUGAUUCUUUUGAUACACCUAUCAGAACAUUAAUUCUUCAGGACGGGGUCUAUAUUGUAUUUUGUCUCUACCUAGAUAUUCAGUUUUCUUCUAGACCCCUGACCUUUUCUAAGCCACAAAGCAGAACUAGUUCAGAUCUGUAAGGUGCAAAAAUAAACUUAGGAUCUGCUACAAUGGCAUCCGAUGACUUUGAUAUAGUGAUUGAGGCCAUGCUGGAGGCUCCCUAUAAAAAAGAGGAGGAUGAGCAGCAAACUAACGAGGUUGAAAAGGAGAGCCCUAGUAACACCACCAACAGCACCAGCCGUACCAGCAGCAGUGGCAGUGGCACCAGUGGGAGCAGCGCCAGUGGGGAGGCAAGCAAGAAGAAGAGGAGUCGGAGCCAUAGUAAAAGCAGGGAUAGAAAACGCAGUCGUAGUCGAGACCAUCAUAGGCGGAGAAGCAGUCGGAGCCGGAGUCGAGAUCGGCAGCGUCAUCACCGCAGCCGUAGCUGGGAUCGUCGACAUAGUAGUGAGUCACGAAGUCGAGACCGACGUCGUGAGGAUCGUGUGCGCUACAGGAGUCCACCGCUUGCCACUGGGCGUAAGUAUGGACACAGUAAGAGUCCUCAUUUCCGGGAGAAGAGCCCAGUCAGGGAGCCAGUUGAUAAUCUGAGUCCUGAGGAGCGGGAUGCCCGCACAGUGUUCUGUAUGCAGUUAGCUGCCCGCAUUCGGCCUCGAGACCUGGAGGACUUUUUCUCGGCUGUUGGCAAGGUUCGAGAUGUACGUAUCAUCUCAGAUCGGAACUCACGUCGUUCUAAGGGCAUUGCCUAUGUGGAAUUCUGUGAGAUCCAGUCUGUGCCGCUGGCCAUUGGGCUGACCGGGCAGCGGCUGCUGGGAGUGCCUAUUAUUGUACAGGCCUCACAGGCUGAGAAAAACCGACUGGCAGCCAUGGCCAACAACCUGCAGAAGGGCAGUGGUGGACCAAUGCGCCUCUACGUGGGCUCCCUGCACUUCAAUAUCACCGAGGACAUGCUCCGGGGCAUCUUUGAGCCCUUUGGCAAAAUUGAUAGUAUUGUCCUGAUGAAGGACUCAGAUACAGGCCGCUCUAAAGGUUAUGGUUUUAUUACGUUCUCUGACUCUGAAUGUGCCCGCCGGGCCCUGGAACAGUUGAAUGGCUUUGAGCUUGCUGGUCGGCCUAUGAGAGUUGGCCAUGUGACCGAGCGACUGGAUGGUGGCACAGACAUCACUUUUCCUGACGGAGACCAGGAGCUGGAUCUGGGAUCAGCGGGUGGACGUUUGCAGCUCAUGGCCAAAUUGGCAGAAGGCUCUGGAAUCCAGCUGCCAACCACCACUGCUGCUGCCCAAGCUGCUGCCUUGCAACUGAAUGGAGCAGUUCCUUUGGGGGCCCUGAACCCAGCGGCUUUGACUGCUCUGAGUCCGGCCCUGAGCCUCGCCUCCCAGGCAAUCGCCUCCCAGUGCUUCCAGCUUUCCAGCCUCUUUACCCCCAAAACCAUGUGAGUGUCAAGGCCCAGCUCAUUUCAGUGUUCACAGUUACUUUCUUAGCUCCGCCUUCCCGUUUACGUCUUCUCCAUGCCACAGGUAAUUAGUGGCACAGUCCACUGCCUCCCUGUGCCUCUGGGUCCUGCCACUCCUUUCUCCACGUCUACCCUUCCAUGGCCCCUUCUCUCCAUUCUAUGGACCAAACCAUCCUGAGGGUGUGAACAUUGGCGGUGGGGGAACUGGGACCCCCUCGGACACCUAGAAGAGCUCCUGCCACCGCAGCCGCAGUGGGAAUGGACUCUGGUGAGCAAAGCUGCCAGUUGAAGAGAACAGAAUCUGCACUUGCAUUGAACAUCUGUUUCUCUCUGUUUAUCAUCUCCUGGGAUGACCUUCCUUGCCCUUUCCAACCACCUCCUACUGAUCCUUGAUUCCUCCCCCAUUGAGAAGGCCAUAGGGCAUUAACGGAAAGAACUAACCGCUCUCUGCCUGCCUGUACCUUUACCCUACAAUCUGUCACGGAAAACCUUUAAGACCUCUGGUCUGUGAGGACUUUGGAGUUUGAGGGAGUGAACCUUGAAAGUGCUGGCUUGCUGCUACAAGGGCCCUGGAAGAUAGCACAGACGUGUGUUGGGAAGCCUGCCUUAAACCUUAGCUUGGGGCCAGAACUGCUGCUGUGGGCUCAACAUCUUGCUGGGAGGUGUGGGAAUGAUCUCUCCUGCCAGCCAUUUUGGAUGUCUUAGGGGCAUUCGGGAGUUCAGUGAAAGGUGGGCUACCUUUCAGGUAUCUUCCAUCUUCCUUUGUGUAGUUGUCCUUCCUUUAGCCCAGGGUGGGAGGAUGGAGGGGAGGCUGCUUUUCUCUCCACCACUUCCAUGUGCCUCUGGAAACUGUGGGCUCAAGCCCAGCUGGGCACACGUGAGUCCUUCUCACUGUAUUUUAUACCCUUGUGUCUGUGUACAUAAAUAUAAAUAUAUAUAUAUAUAUAUAUAAACUUUGUACAAAAGGCAGGUCCCACGGUUGUGGUGGCGGCUGCCCAUUUGUGUGGUCUCGGUCCAGUGGUGUGUCUGACAUUAACUUCUCCUGAGCCAGAACCACGAAUGGUUCUAGGGAUAUAAAACAUUUGUAAUGCCAUUGAGUUUUCUUUCCUUCAU